GCCAAAAUCUAAUCAAAUUUGCCCGCACUGUUUGCAAUUCAAACGUGUUGCACAUGAUCGGACAGAGCAUCCUUAUUUUCAGACUCAAAGUUUCGGAUAGUUCACUCUUCUCUUUCACCUCUCCAGCAAUGGCUUCUCUUCUCUCUCAAUCCGCUCUGUUUCAAUCUAAGUCCUCCCUGCCUUUCCAAACCCUAGAGUCUCCUCGUAACAUCUCCAGCUUCUCUUUCCAAUCAAAGCUGCGUUGCGGAUCUGUUGUGUUUAAGGAGAAAGAUGGGUUUGCUCUCAAGGCGUCGAUGUCUAUUGCCGAAUCGAACUCCAGGUCGCCUGUUUUGGACAACGGGACGAAGAAUCCGAUCGUCGUCAUUGAUAAUUACGACAGCUUCACUUACAAUCUUUGCCAGUACUUGGGAGAGCUUGGGUGUAACUUUGAGGUCUACCGGAAUGAUGAGCUUAGUGUGGAGGAAUUAAAAAAGAAAAAUCCAAGAGGGGUGCUUAUAUCCCCAGGACCAGGUACACCUCAAGAUUCAGGGAUAUCAUUGCAGACUGUUUUGGAACUUGGACCUGUUGUACCCUUGUUUGGUGUCUGUAUGGGGCUACAGUGCAUCGGAGAAGCUUUUGGAGGGAAGAUUGUACGUUCUCCUUUUGGCGUUAUGCAUGGAAAAAGCUCUCCUGUAUAUUAUGAUGAAAAAGGAGAAGAUGGCUUGUUUUCAGGGUUAUCAAAUCCUUUCACUGCUGGUAGAUAUCAUAGUCUUGUGAUUGAAAAGGAUUCCUUUCCCAAUGAAGCACUUGAGAUUACAGCAUGGACAGAGGAUGGACUGAUAAUGGCUGCCCGUCACAAAAAAUAUAAGCAUCUGCAGGGGGUUCAGUUCCAUCCAGAGAGCAUUAUAACCAGUGAAGGCAGGGGGAUUGUUCGCAAUUUUGUCAGAAUGAUUGAGAGAAGCGAGUCUAAAUAUCAUAACUAGGGGCUUGAAUUUCUCUUUUUUAUAGACUAUUGUAGUUGGAUAAAAAAUACUUCAGUCUUUUCGACAUCAUUUUGGCUGCCAAUUAAUAAUCCAUAGCUUCUGAAUGUGUAAUUUCUCAUCUUUUGGAGCAAGUAUUGAACGGGUAUUGCAGGCUCA